AUGCCGGUCGAUCCUAAGAGGGCGCACCUUGGCGUCUGCGCAGAGAAAUACGUCUAUCAGCUGAGAAAGCCCGACCCAAAGCCGUACUGGGAGGAGCUGGAAGGGAUCAAGGAACUCUUCGACUACCGUGUCCAGGAACACAUCGACUCCUGCAUGCACAAUCUCGACAAGCUCAAGAGACUGAUUCCCGAGAUCCCCUUAUCCGAAAAGCCUCAUGCCCAGAUCCGGUACGCCUUCAAAAAGGCCGCGGGGAAUGGCAGCCUUGGGAUCUACAACUACCUCCGCUCUCUAUUCGUCGAGGAUAUGACUGCUUACAGUGCCUUCUGUGCAAAGGCCGCGAAUACGGGAUUCCCGUGGUGGUCCGACAACGAGGAGGAGGAAGAGUGGUGCCGGCUACGAAGUGUAUUCGGAGACGGCAAAUCUUACGUAUACUACACCGAUCUCGGCGAAGCAUUCUGCAGUGCUCUGGAGGCCAACGAUCUGUGCGGCAGCCCUGGCGACAUCGACCACUUCGCUAUUGCCGACCACAUCAUGGCCAUCGUUUAUGAUGGCCCGAACUAUGGCGCUGCUGUUGGCAAAGCCCACGGAUAUGGCGAGUACUACGCCCGAGACCGAUUCGCCGAGAAGGCCGUCGGCAAGGCAAUCCAGCUCGGAUACCCUUACGAGAGAUUCGCCGAGCGAAUGGCGGCAUUCCAGGCCUGCGGUGAGGACGUCUUGGGAACGAUCCUAGCGGCUGCUGUCAACGACAACUGCAUGGACGUAUUCGAGCGCGCCCUUUCCAACCUCGUUUCGGAGGAGAGGAAGAGCGCCUUCCGCAAGGCCCAGGAGAACGAAUCCACCUGGCAAAAAGGCUGGAAAUGGACGCUCGAACACGCCGUCGAACUGGCAAUAAUCCAAGCUAUUUGGAAAGAGCGGAACUUUUUCAGGCCAACGUUCGCGAUGAUGAUUUUCCCGGUGUACCUUGAUGCUAGACUGCCGUGUGGAUCUCUGAGGCGUUUCUGCAUCGAGCCCCUAGAAGGCUUUACCGUUGCGUUGUGCAGGGCCAGUAUGACCCACGACCAGUGCAAGGAGCUGAUCCGAAGGUUCCGGGAUCCGUUCGACAUGCCGGAUGAAUUCCGUGGUGUCCUUCUCGACCGCCGCCGUGAGGACUCUGGUGCCCCGGUAUUGAAAUGGUGCGGGCUCGUGAGAGGCCUACAUAGAAGGAAACGCCUCCUGGCCAGGCCUUCUUUCGACGCUUCCGCAGUUGGGGAGCGGGAUACGACUUCAACUCUCCUCUCAUUUAUUGCCUCAGCCGUCAUUUUCUGCGUUGGCGUUUUGUUUGCCGUUUCAUGUACUCGGGGGUGA